AUGACUGAGCCCGCGAUGCUUCUCCUCCUCGCAAGCCCCUGGUGUCCAAUCAGUCCCCUGGGUGCCGUCAACGUCCGCAACAGGUUCGAGAUACUACGCCAGGAUCUAUGCCACGUAGCGACGCUUAUGGGUAUGAGGUCAGCUAAUCUGAACGCUAUAGUACACAAAACUCCAAGACAAGCAAAACAAGGGAUCGAGUGGGAUUUGGAGGUCACGAUCAAUAUUCCCACGGGGAGGAGCGAUGGGACUGCGGAUACCAUAUUUCGCCAAAUCUUCACCAUGCUAGAGUUCGGCAAAGUACAAACCAAGAAGGUUCCACAAAAUUCUGAUGAGACAACGCCUAGCAUGGUGACAAACCCUUUGUUCGAAAGCACUACGCAGGUAUCGUUGUCCGUGGACGAUCCGCUGAGAUGGGCUGCAAUUUGCAAAGACUAUAACUUCAUACACCUGUCAGGGUUGGCUGCGAAGGUUUUCGGUCUACCAGGAAAGAUAGCGCACGGAAACCACGUCGUCGCCAAAGCUCUGCAGCGUGUGCCAAAUUUGGGAGGCUCAACGUUCCUGCUAGAUACAUCCUUGUGGAUGGAAGUGCAUUUCAAGAGGCCAAUGGUUGUGCCUGGUGUCUUCGAUGUCAGUCUCCAUAAGUCUAGCCAAACUAGCAAUAAGUUUUCCGUUUCUCGUUCAGGGAAAGACUAUGCUACUGCUGAGUAUGGUAGUCUCCAGUUGUGA